AUGUUGAAAAGUUCGAGAUUUGUUAGCCAGCUAGGUUAUCCAACCUCUGGCGAAAUGACGCCAAUUAGAGAUUAUGAAAGGGAAAAAGCGCUCGCAGCGAAGAUGAAAACACUGAACAAAUUAAGAAAUAAUCCUUAUGCAAUACCACUAUGGGAAAGUUCAGGUGAAAAUAAAAGAGCUAUAGAUACGAUCAAUGAUCGUUCUCGUUCAAAUGACUGCAAUGGAAAGCCUCGAGUUAAACACCGCCCGAAGACGUUAAAUCUCGAGGACUUAAGCGAUAGAGAAACCAAGCGGAUGGAUUCACCAUUAAAUUUGGGAUCAUACAAUGACUAUUUAGUCAUGCGCUCCCCCAAAAUUGACUCGAGACUUUUGAACUUUCUCGACACAAUAAGAAAGCUUGUUGAGACUGAAGAAGAAUACUACCAAACUCUUGAGUUGGCUAACUCAGCUUAUCGCAACGAGUUGAAUGCUAACAGAAAGGUUAGAAAUCAGAUUCUUGAAGAGAGCAGGAAUGAUGAGCUUCUACUAUUUGGUGAUAUAGAAACUAUUUCAUCAAUUAGUCGACUUUUAGUGGGCCAAAUAAAGAAUAAAAUAGCUGGUAGCGCAGAAUCAAAGCUAACGGACGAUAUAUGGCACCAUUUAAGGGUACAUCCAAAGGAGACAAAGGCAAUACUUGAUGAUCUAAAUAUUCCAGAUAUCCUUCGUUCUCAUCUUGAAAGGGUGAAGUUCCUUUAUCUCAAUUAUUCAGUGAAUCAUGAGAAACAGCUUCAAUUAUUACAAGAUAGGAAAAGGCGCCAUGGUUCAACCUUUUACAGAUGGUAUGGUAAAGGUUUACAGAGAGCAGGCUCUAUAAGAUUGGAGGUGUUACUAGCCUUGCCUAUUGAGAGGUUGGAUUUAUGGAUGAUGUUUGCUGAAGAAUUAAUGUUAUAUAGCGAAGGAACAAUAUCUGAAGUUGCUGCAGAGAAGCUAUCCAGCUUUUACAAUGAUUAUUCAUUAUACUUGAAACGUGUCAAAAGAAGUCAAGAGGAAUUUAAAGCCAAAAAAGAUAUGAAUCAAUCUCCAUCUGAAAUAAUUGAAUUUUACAACACAUGUUUUAACGACACUACAUGCUCUUUAAGCAGGUCGUUGACUAAUGCAACGAAGGCAAUUACAUUAAGCAGUAGCAUUUAUUCCGAAGAAUAUGAAAGAAAAGAAAAAGAGGAAGACAUGAUAGGUGAAAAAGCUAAGCGAGAUAUGGGAGAUGCAUUCUAUGAUAAACACGACUCUGAGGAUCUGCGUCGCCAGGAUGACGAAGAUGAACAGUUUGAUAUAGAUUACCAGAGUUUUUCAAGGAAUGAUGCAUCAGAGGACCAUGAUAGCCUAAAGAAAUAUGUAAGGAAGUUUAACAUACUUCGAAAAGGUUUCAGUUCCCUCUACUCACAUGUGGAUAAACUAAAUCUAAUGGAAGUCUUAGAUAAAAGGCUAGAAAACACGAAAACUUGGCAAAGACUAAUGGAGUUUGAUUCAACAGUGGAGGCUAAGGAUGAUAUUUACAUCUCUUCCAUAUACUCUGCAUUUAUUGACAAAAUUAACCAUCAGAAGGAGAAGGUGAUGGUACUUAGAAUCUCGCAAAUCAAAAAGGGCUUCUUAGAACCUUUAGGAAGGUUUAUAGCAAGAUCGAAUUCCAUAUCAACGAAGAUUGAAGAUCUCAGGACAUUAGGAAGAGAAUAUAGAGCUUAUCAGAGGCAAAAAGAGCACGAUAUAAAAAAGGAAGUUUUGGCGAAGUCCUAUGAGGCUGCUAAACUUGAACUACUCAAUGAGUUACCAACAUUUUUUAAUAUAUCGCAAAAGUUAAUUACUUACAUCCUACUGAAGUACCAAUCCAUAAUGCUGGAGUAUAUGAAGAUUUUAUGUGGCGGUAAUAAUAUCUUGGAAAAAGAGUUGCAACUGGCAGAAGAAAAUGAUCGUGAAUUUGGCGAUAAUUUUGAUAUAUUACAAAUAUUUUCAUCAUCGAGAUUUUACACUAAACAAGCGGUGAGGGAGAACUGGCAAUUCCCAGGUAAACCUAGUGCUAGUAGGGUGUUACGUAAAUUAUUUGAGCUAUAA